UAUAUAUAUACAUACAUACAUACAUUUAUAUUAUGGUAAGUGAAAUUGUUUACAAAAUUAAAGAAUGAACACACAAUUAUAAAUGGAACUAUAUUUAAACUCUAAGCAAAGGUAGUUAGUUUAGUAGACACACUUAUUAUCGACAUGUUUAUAUAUAUAUAUAGAUAUAUAAUGAGACCAUUGAAUUAGCAGCACUAAUUGUGUAUAUAUGUCAUGCUUUUGAGUUGAUGUCUGGAUUGGUUGUCAAAAUUACAACAACAACAAAAAAACAACAACAACAUUCUAAUUUACUUAGCCUUGGCAAAAUUUAGGUCAUUUAUCUGGUCUUAUAUAUAUAUAGAUGUGUGUGUAUGGUUAGUUGUAUAGUUGUCAACAGUUUAAACUUAAGCACACGUUAUGCAAUAUUCAUUUUGAUUCAUGGAAAGAACAAACAAACAAUAAACAUUAUUAUUAUUAUUAUUACUAAUCCAGGUUUAUAAUAUAAAAUAUUAGAACAUAUGAUACUAAACCACAGUUUAAUUGUGGUGUGUUGUUGUGUGUCAUGAGUCAUCAUUAUUCAAUGCAAUCACAAUUUCUAUCAUCGUCAUCAUCAUCAUCAUCCUUAUUAUUAACAGACAGAUCAAAUAUUACUCAUUCUAAUACUGAUCUAAUUAUGGGAAAUACUGUACCGUCCUCUUUUCUUGAAAUGAAUUUAACCCAAACAGCAAAUGGUUUAUUAAAUAAUAAUAAUGAUGUGGAUUUGAAUCGUCAAACUCGUGUAAAUUUAACAGAUGAUAAUUCACAAUGUAAAUCACCUAUAUGGAUACCACCUGUUACACCAUAUACAUUACUUGGUUUAUUAAAACCUCAUUUAACACAAUCUAAUUUACUUGUUAAUAACAAUACAACACAUCAAAUACAACAACAAACAAAUAAUGGAACAAUGAUCAAUACAAAAUUAUGUGAAGAUUCAAUAGGACAUCAACAAUUUCAACAACAACAACAGUCUAGUUUAAAACAAUCACAACAGCAAAUUUCAUCAAUGUCUGCUUAUCUUUCAGAACUUUUGAAUCAAUCUCAAACAUCGAUAACAACAACGACUAGUGGAAAGAAUUCAGUACAUGCAUUAUAUGAGAAGAUUCUUAUCGGUGAAUUAGAUCAAUUGCAUAAAUCACUAGAACAACGAUGUCUUCUUUCCAACACAUUUGAUUCAAGUCAACUAAUGACAAUUUCAUGCUCCGAAGACAAUGUUAACAGUGGUGUUAGUGGUCGGGAGAAUAUAAACUCCACGAUAAUGACACCAGCAAUACCAGUAACAACAAACCCCUCAUCAUCAUUAUCAUCAACAACAUUAACUGGUUUGAAAAUUGGUAAUAAUCCAACAUUAGGUACAAAUUUACCAGCAUUAACAACUGAUCCUGCUAGAGCAUUACUUAUUGCUGGACAAGUAUGUGAUUGGCCAGGUUGUGGAGCUAUUCUUGGUCCAGAUACAUCGUUUAUUGAACACUUGAAUAAGACACAUCAACUAUCAUUACAAGCCCUUGCUCAAGUUGAAGUAUGUGCAUCAAGGUUAGAAUUGUACUUGAGAACAGUUCGUAAAGAAUCACAACGUUUAAAUGCAAUGGUACGACAUCUAAUCAGUAGAGCGCGUUGUGGUGGUACAAGUUUUGAAUGGUCAACUAAUUCAUCAUUAUCAUCAUCAUCAUUAUGUAAUUCAGUUCCUGCAUCAUUUGGAAAUUGUCCAUUAAAUUGUUUUCCUGGAUGUAAUAGUAAUACUAAUAAUAAUAACAAUCAAACAAUUAAUCAAGUUGGUUCCUUUAAUUGGAAUACAAAUGGACAUUUAGAUUCUACCGUCAAUUCCCUGGCAAAUGGAACAUUGGAAUUGCCGGAUAAGACAGAAUUAGAAACAAAUUCCUUAUACGAAUCCCAAGUACAAAAUAUCAAUUCAAUCUAUCGUACUGAUAAUUCAAUGCAUUGUAGUCCAGUUUAUAGUAAUACAACAACUACUUCAGAAUCAUGGUGUACAGAUCAAUUAAUUAUACCUGAUUGCACUGCAAUGUCUGUGCUACGUGAUUUACCAUUACAUCAUAGACGUAGUGCAGUACAUUCAUUAACAUCACGUUGGUCUACAUCGAAUCAUCAUUCAACAUUAGAUACAACUUAUAAUUCAAAUACAUUGAUAAAUCAAAUUCCUAGUAAUAAUAAUGGUAGUAAUACUACUACUAAUAAUAAUAAUUGUAAUUUGUCACCUGCUCUACCCGUAUUUCCAAAUAAUCCAAAUGAUAGUUCAUCAUCUAACAAUAAUAUAGUGGAUAAACUAACUAUUCCCUCACCAUCUACACCACCGACUUCAUGUCAUCCAGCUUUAAUAGCUAGUGCAGCGGCAGCAUUAUUGUCAAGUGUUUCAAGUUUGCAAAAUCAAAUCAUCACCAGUAUGUCAACUCAUCAUCCUGUUCUAACUGGUCAAUUUCAAACUGCAACUGAUCCUCAACUUCCUCAUCAAUCGACAUCAGCGAACGCAGCUGCCGCGGCUAUGGCGGUUGCAGCCGCGGCGGCAGCAGCUUCCGGUUUAUCUAACCCUGCGUCAAUGUCAUGGCUUCCAAGAUCAACUGCUGCUGCGAAUAAUAAUAGUAGCAGUAGUAUUGGUGUCGGUGGCGGCAAUACCACAAAUUUUGAUCCUAAAGAAUUUGAUACAACUGCUGCCGCGGCAGCAGCAGCAGCCGCCGCCGCUGCUGCAGCGGCUGUAGCUGCUUCUAAUCCCGCCUCAGCAAAUGGUGUAUUUUUCGAUUCGAAUACCACAACUCCCAUUGUUCCUGCUCCUCCGCCUCCACCUUCCGCCGCUCCUACAGCUGUCGCUGUCACUACUACCACUUCUCAUACAAGCCUCACAUCAUCAUUGUUUGAUAAAGCUGUUAAACAACGUUGGUUCGAUGCAACUAGACAAGACGAUUUGAUGAUAACAACAACACCAACACCACCACCACUUCCAGCAAUAACUUUAACCUCAACGGCAGUAACAACGGUGACUUCGUUGCCCAUGACUGCGAUCGCCACUACUAUGUCAGUAGUAGGGAAGUCAUCUAGUAGUAAUAAUAAUAGUAAUAGUAUUGGUGCUAGAACAAGAGCCAGAGAACAUCAAAUGAAACCAUCUGUCAAUCAGGAAUCAUCUAUUAUAGAAUUGGAAAAACAAGGUAGAACUAUUGAAAAUUCCGAUAAGUCCACAAUUCACUGUAAUAUACCAGAAGCUAUGGAUUCUGAAAAUUCAUUAGUGAUGACAUGUGAAAAUCUUGCAUACACAUCAUCAUCGUCACAACAACAAACAUCAUUGUCAUCCGCAGUAAUCGUAGUACCGGCAGUAGUAUCAUCAUCAACAGGAACUUCAUCUUUGACAUCAGUGAUGACCACUGCAGCUGUCACAACAAUACCAACUACAACAACAUCACAGACAACAAAGACGACAGCCACGUCAAGUACAAAUGGCACCUCUUCAACUGCAAACAAUAAUAAUAAUAAUACAUCAUUAGCUCAAAGACAAUACUAUCGAUCACAUUGUGCACGUCCCAGAUUCACUUAUGCUAAUUUAAUACGUCAAGCAAUAUUAGAAUCACCGGGACAACAAUUAUCAUUAAGUGCAAUUUACGUAUGGUUACAACGUGAAUUUGCUUAUUUUCGACAAAAUGAAGCUACAUGGAAAAAUGCUGUAAGGCAUAAUUUAUCAUUACAUAAAUGUUUUCGACGAUUGGAAACCACAUCUGGUUCAGUUUGGGUUGUUGAUGAAAGUGAAUAUCAAAGACGUAAGGCUAAACGAGCAGUACGUUGGUAUCCCAAUAGCACUGGAGGUAAACAUCAAGGUUCCACAAAAUCGACUCGUACUGAUAGCGUAGCUAAUGAAACUGUUUCACCAAAAGUCACAACAGCAUUAAUAUCAGGAAUAGUCGAUGCCUCAAUUCCUAUGGAUACUCAAUUAACAACUCCAUUAUCAUCACCAACACAUCCAAUUAUCUCGCAUCAAUCAUUCACUAUAGGAGGUGAAUCGAAUAAUCCGUCCAAUUCACCAAAAUCAAAUAUCUCCGCUGAAUUAAGUACAUCAUCAUCAAUAUUUCAUACAAUUGGUGCCUCUAGUACAACUCCAUCUCAGUCAUCUCCUCUAUUAUCAGCUUUAUUAUUACCUGGUUUAAAUCAAGAAACUUUUCAGAGUCGUAAUUUACCUUUGAAUCAAGCUAAUUUUAUGAAAAUAGAAGAAUCUGAAGGAGGAAUCAUCAUUCCACCUGCUGGCAAUUCAACAAUAAUGAUAUCAACUGACAACAGUCCUACAAAUAAUAAUAAUAUUAAUAAUAAUACAAUUACUUCAUACUCAUCAUCAAUAACGUCAUCAUCCUCUUUGUAUACAAAUAUUAUGUCAUGUACUACAAGUCUACUUUCAAACGAUGUUUUCACAACUGACUACAACAACACUUCUAUCAUCACUGAUUCUACUACUGAUGAUAAUGAUAAUAAUAAUAAUAAUGAUAUGAUGAAUGCGAUUCUCAAAGAUUCUCUUUCAACUGUUACUAUCACUUCUUAUCCAACUGGCGUUGAUGUUGUUACAGUUGAUGGUAGUAGUGUUAGUACGGGCGGUGGGCAGCUUGACAAGAUGUCGGCUAUUAACAACAACAUCCACAGCAACAAUAAUGUAGAUUCGUUAAAGUCAGAUAUUGAAAUGGUGAGUGCUUCUGAAUCAGAGAUCAUCUCUAGUGAUAGUAUAAUUAACUCGGAACAAAUCACUGAACAAAGUCGAAUAACAGAAUUACCAGAGAAAUCUUCCAUAUCAACAUCAUUAUUAUCAAUGUCGACACUGAAUGCAGAAGAUUCAAGUUAUACUACUACUACUACUACGACGACGACGAUGACUACAACUACUAUUAAUAACAGUAAUAACAAUGAUAAUGGAUCGGUGAAUGAUAAUAUAAUUAAAACAUCUGUAGAUACAAUUCCCAUUGAUAUUAACAAUACAAACAAAACCGGAAUUGCACUAAUAAACAAUAGUAAUGAAGUGAUUACAGUAAUAACAACGGUGGCUACCACUGCUACUAUUACCACUACUACUACCACUCUAAGCUGUGAUCCAGAUGAUGAUGAUGGUGAGGUGGAGAAUAAUGAGGAUUGUGGUGACGAGACUGUUACUACUACUACUAGUAGUAGUAAUAGUAGUAAUAAUAAUAAUAAUAAAAACAAUACAAUAACGAAUUCAAGUUCACGAAAAUGGCCAUCUGUUCGUCUUGUACCUAAUUUAUUACGUCAUCCUACAAAAUAUACAACAAUCUAAUUUUCAGUUUCACUAUGAAUAGAGAGGAAGAAAGAGAGGAAUUGACUACAUCAGACAUGUUAAAUCUUUAGAGUUAAUAUUGACAUUGAUCCCGAUUUCUCCACCAUAUUCAAUAGUGAAUCAAUCGUCCGGAUCGUCCAAUCGAAAAAAGAGUGAAUUAUUGUUCAAUCAUGUGCUUAAUGAUAGACUACUAUUGUCAUCUUUAACUUCGAGUGAUAACUGCCUUUUUUUGUUUUCUUUCAGAAAUAAAUAGUAUAUUGUACAUAGAUUAUGAUGACUGUAUGCUACUGUUCACGUUCUUUUCUUUUGAAAGUGAAUUUACUGCCUUCCUUUGCCGUCGUCAUCUUAUAUUGUGUUUAUUCGACAAUAUUUGUAAUGUUAUAUUAUUAUUAUUAUUAUCAUUAUUAUAUGGAUAGUAAUAGUUAUGUUGUAUGGAUGUAUCUAUACUUUUAUAUACUACUAAUGGUACUACUUAACUACAUUUCAAAUGAAUGAUCCUCCUAAGUUGCUGAUAAAAUUUGUUAAUACUACUAAUAACAAUCAUAGUAGUAAGAUUAGUAUGAGUUACAAUAUAGGUGGUAUUGGAUCCCCCUGUCUAUACACUUGAAUUGUAUUUAUAUUAAUUAUUAAGAAACUCUUAAAUACAAUGUACACUUUCGUCCAAAUACACACAUAUACAUCACUCCAAAUAGAUAAUCAACUUUUAUUUUCACCCCCUAUGGAUAAUAAUAACUUGUACACAUUUAUGAGGAAAUUCUUUGCAGUAAUUAUGAUGGAUUAGUACUAUGCUCUUUCUCCCUCCCUCCCUCUCUCUCUCUCUCUAAUACACACAUACAUAGACACAUUUCAAAAAUAUCUUCGAAUUAUACGUGGUAAUUAAUAAAUAGGUUUUCAUUUUCAAUGUCACAAUGUGAAUUUCUUUAUUAAUUUCAUGUAAAUAUUGGUGAUUUCUUGCCAAAUUUUUGACAUUUCUAUUAUCUUUUGUAGUUGUGUAACAAGUACACAAAUUUUUAACUUCUCUUCAUAAAUUACAAUCAUACUGUCUUCUCUUUUGGGAAGUUAUCCUGCUUCAUUAUUGUGUACAAUAAACUAACGGAGUAAACAAUCAGUUUAUCUUCUCUUUAUAAAAACGUUGUUUGUUUUUUCAUAACAAUCCCACCUAUAAUUUCUAAUAUAAGAAUGUAUAUGUGAAUGUGAUUAAGUAAUUAAGUGUAAUGCCUUUUCACCCCUUCCUCUUCCGAUCCCAAAAGUACCACAAGGUGCAUAUCACCAAUUUUUCUACAUCAUCUUCUAAAGCAUUUGUAUUUUUGUCAAAAAAUAAUAAUAAUAAUAAUAUCAUAGCUUCAUGUGCCUACACAUAUAUUCUCGUCUUAUUUUCAAGAUUUCAUUCGAUUUUUUUCUAAUCAUUCACAGUACCGAAACUUGCUUUUUUCUUUCCCCCCCCUCUCUCUCAUUCUCCUUGCAAUAUACUACUUAUUAACUAGAUUUUUAAUAGUAUCCAUGUAUGUUAUUUAUUAUCUUUUUAAUUGACUUUCCUCUCUUUUAUAUCAAGAUCUUAUACGUAUAUAAACAUAAUGAUUUGAUUUAUGGUUCAUUGAAGUCGUGUUUUUUUUAAUGUCAAACUUCAUUACACCCUGCUGUUACCUUGGUUUCUAUUUAAAGAAUGUAUAUUUGCAUUAUAUAUGUGUAUGUGGUUUCAAAACCCUUAUCUCUUUUCUUCUACUAUUUAGGCGAAUCUAACGCAAUCAAAAAAGUACAUUUUCUUACAAACAUACAUAUUAGUUGAUACAUCAAUCACAUAUAGACUAUACAUACAUAUAUACGUUUGUAUCUGGUUGUUAUUCUCUUUCAUAGAGAAAAUAUAAACACAUCAAUAUGAAUGUAAACUUUAAUCGACAUAAUAUAACCAAGGACAUUUUUAUCAUUAUCAAUAAACAAAUAAAUCGGUUAAUAAUAAUAAUAAUGAGUAGUAUGAUAACUAUCCCGGUUUUGCUCUAUCCAUAAAGAGAAACUAAGUCAGCUGAUCAUUUUGAACUAUUCAUUUUCUAAUCAGUUUACACGAAAGGUACAAAUGGUUAUUGAAGAAGAAAAAAACAAAAGAUCAAUUAGAUGCUAUUUUAUGCAUCCGAUAAUAUUUCAUUUUACACUUAUUAUAUAAUUCCAACUAUAUACCCUAGUCAUUGUAAUAUGUCCCCACAAACUUUCAUCGGAACUUUGUCUAUCCGUGUAAAUGUAUUAUAAGACAAGAAGAUAUCAACUGUUCACAGCUGGAAUAUAACAGUUUGUUUUGAUAACUUCUUCAUUCAUAUUGUUACUGUUUUCAACUGUGUUCGAUGUGGUAAUAGGGGUAAAAUAAAUAUUUUUAGAUGGUUACGUUCUACCUACCUCCUUUUUUUCUGUCAUCAUCCCUACUACAAACACUCCCCAUUUUCAUUCGUGUACAUUUGCAUCACUUUUUAGAAUGUUUUGAUCUUUUGUUUGCCCUCCCACCUCCACUUCAAUAGAUCAUCUUUGAAUCAUUUAUGUCGUCCAUUACACAUUGAUGAAAAUGAACUAGAGCAUAGUGACUAUGACCAGGAUACUUAUAACAAUUCUUAUGGUGUGAUAAUCGUCAAGUCAAUAUUAUGCUUUCACAUGCAUAUAUAUAUGGAGAUAGUGGCAAUCCAUCAACUUACUGCAAUCUAACCAAUUUUAAUGAAAUACAACAAUAGGAACAAUCUUAAAUGAACAGAAAAUAGAUAAUAGUUAACAAAUGUACACAAAUAAAACUUCUAACAUCAUAAUAACGUGUCUUCUACAUGUUCCAGGUUAUUUGGUCGGUAUGAGAAAAAAAAGGUUUUGAUAUACACAUUCACGAUCCCAAUCAAACCCUCUUUUGCUUAUCCCAGUGCAUUUGUCGUUCUCCUUUCUUUUUUUAUAAAUUGAAAUAAUUUUUGUGGUAAUUAUACUGUUAUUAUCACUCUCCCUCUUUGUCUCAAUUACUUCCUUACUUGUCCUCUUCAGUUAGUCAGUUAAUCAGAGUUUCUUUUUCUCUAAUACGAUUUGUUUGUUUAUCAGUUUAUUUUCGUUUCUUUUUAUUAUAAUAAAGUAAAAAAAAAGGGGGAUUCUAUUCGUUUUUAUUUGCUUUUGGUCGGUUUCUUUUUCUCUUGGAACUUCAUUGUCAUCAUCAUCAUCAUCAUCAACCUCAUCAUUAUCAUCACUAUCACAAAGAAUAAUAAUAAAGAUUCACGAUUUUGCUGUGUUUAUGUUCUUCUAUUAAAGCAUUGUUAUUAUUAUCAUUCAAAUGUUUAGUUGUUAUCAUGUUAAAUAAAAUUAUCCUGUCGUUA